UUCUUCAAAUAUUUUCACACUAUCGACUCCAAAGUCAAAAGUGACAAUCAAGUAGACAAAUGAGGCCUCCUUCUGCAACUUAUCACAAACUCUGUUCAACGCUCUUACGAUAUCUUCCUUCCCUUAAUACCCCUCGAAACUUCCAAAGCUCACACUUUCAGUCCUCCAAAAACUUCUACACACUGAACCCUACUACUGCCAUUCACACUUUCAUCAGGCCCAUUUCCGUCAUUUCUAUUAGUCCUCCGCAGUUGAUCGCCGGCGUUUCAACCAUGGCCAGCGGCGAAGAAAAUUCAGUUACGUUUCACUUAACUCCGUCGAGCUUGUUGAAGAUUCAGAAAGGUGAUAUUACUCGCUGGUCCAUAGAUGGAUCCUCUGACGCUAUUGUCAACCCUGCGAAUGAGAGAAUGUUGGGUGGUGGUGGUGCUGAUGGAGCCAUACAUCGAGCUGCUGGUCCAGAAUUACGAGAUGCAUGCUAUAAAGUACGAGAGGUGCAUCCUGGAGUUCGCUGCCCAACAGGAGAAGCAAGGAUUACCCCAGGUUUCAGAUUGCCAGCUUCUCAUGUAAUCCACACUGUUGGACCAGUAUAUGAUACUAACCCAAAUCCUAAAGCCUCUUUGACAAAUGCAUAUAGAAAUAGCCUGCGUGUGGCAAAAGAGAACAACAUUCAGUAUAUUGCUUUUCCUGCCAUAUCAUGUGGGGUCUUUGGAUAUCCUUAUGAUGAAGCUGCCACUGUCGCUAUAUCUACUGUCAAAGAAUUUGGCAGUGACCUCAAAGAGAGUUGUGGGUUCCUUCAAAGCAUCUUGUGUUUCUCUCCUUCCACACAAUCCACCAUACUCAAGCAGGUACACUUUGUGCUGUUUUCAGAUGAAAUUUAUGAUGCAUGGGUGACAGCAGCGAAUGAACAGUUGAAUUAAUUACGAGUAUCUGGAAGAUGAAGGUUGCGGCGAUGGACAUCGGUGAAGUAUAACGACAUACUCAGAUAUUCAAAUGUCAAAAUAUAUGAUUCUGCUGAAUAAAUAUUGGAAAAAUCAAGCCACACAUCUAUUUAAGAAUUAAUAUAACAUUUUAAUUACAAGUAUUAAUAAAUUAUUUUUAAUUUAUAAGUUAAUUAA